GUGACCUUAACGCCAAGGACAGGUAUGGCCGCACACCCCUCCACUUGGCUGCUAUGGGGGGCAGUGCUGAGUGUGUGUCUGCCCUCAUACCCUCCAGUGACCUUAACGCCAAGGACGAGGAUGGCCACACACCCCUCCACUUGGCUGCUAAGCGGGGCAGAGCUGAGUGUGUGUCUGCCCUCAUACCCUCCAGUGACCUUAACGCCAAGAACAAGGAUGGCCACACACCCCUCCUCUUGGCUGCUAUGCGGGGCAGUGCUGAGUGUGUGUUUGCCCUCAUACCCUCCAGUGACCUUAACGCCAAGGACAAGGAUGGCCGCACACCCCUCCACUUGGCUGCUAUGCAGGGCAAUGCUGAGUGUGUGUCUGCCCUCAUACCCUCCAGUGACCUUAAUGCCCAGGAUGAGAAUGGCCGCACAUCCCUCCACUUGGCUGCGGAGGAAGGGCAUCUGAAGGUGGUCCGGCGGCUGACGAAGAAGGACGUGAAGGCCCUCACCAUCAGGGACAAAAGAGGAAGAACCCCUCUGGACGUGGCCACGAUGCGCGGCAACACUGAGAUGGAGGAAUGGCUGGAGAAGAGGAGCGGCGCGGUGCACCUGAACGCCGCCCGCUGCCUGCACCUCAUG